GCGCCUGAUGAUUUCUGACGAGUGUGACACUGUGACGACCCAUGUGUCUACAGGAAUGUCAUUUUAUAUUUUUUGUCUAUCAAAAUUUAAGCAAAAAAGGAAUAUUCAAUCCUCAUAGUUUUAAAGUAGUUUUGCAUAUUGUUUAUCGUCAGAUUUUCGAAUUUUGUGAAAUAGUUUGUGUGGUUUGACAAAGUGUUUUUAGUAGUUACAUAAAACAAUAAUCGUUGGUGGCUGUCUGAGCUCACAAAACCAUUGUUUAUGAAGGAGUAGUUGGCAAUUUUUUUUUGGUUUUUCACUUGCAGUUAAAGAGAGGAAAAUGCCCAAGUAAGAACAGCCAACAUGAAGAUUGACAGGUCACGGGUGCGAAAAAGCACUUCGGAUGUGCCUAUUGAAUGCUUGCAGCUGAUUUACAGACUUCAGCAAUGUUCUCGUACCGAAUUACUGGAAGAACUAUCGAAGAUUCACUCAUGGACAUUCGGCAAGUGUGAACUACUUCAUUGGGCACAAGUUUUGGAUAUUUUUGAUCGCAUUUUGCUCAAUGCUGCUGAGAGAAAUGAAGACAAUAAAUGGGCUCUAAAGUGUGAUAGUUUUAGUGGCAAGGACAAAUUGUUGCUAAUAUGCAUACUGAGAUUCACCAGUUUGUUGAUAGAGCAUUCAUUUUCACGACAUCUGUACAACUCAAUGGAGCACUUACUGGUAUUGCUAAUGUCUAACGAGAUGAAUGUUGUGCUAGAAGUCUUAAAUCUAUUGUAUAUGUUUUCCAAACGCAGUAAUUUUAUUAGCCGUCUUAAGACUGAAGAGAAAGAAUGUCUUUUAUCUCGAUUGCUAUAUUUAGCAGAGCAUUGGGGAGGUAAAGAAAAUGGUUUUGGCCUAGCUGGCUGCUGUGAUCCAAAGAAAGAAAUUCCUAGUUCUGCUACUACUCUACAUGUCGAAUUUCAUAAAGAAGAUUCACCGAAAUCACCAACCAAACGAGACUCAGCUGAAAGUACAACCAAAGGGGGGACUAAACCAAAUUUACACAUUAUUCACAUAGAGCAUAUAGACAAACUUAACAAAACUCCAGCGGAAAUAAUGAAGUCCUUGAUAAGUAUGUAUUACGUGCCUCCCGAAAAAGAGAUGUGGCUCUACACACAUGUGAGAUUGGCCACUCAUUUUGCUAACUAUGAGAAAAGACUUAAAUGCGUUCAAGCCAGACUUCAGGCUCUUUCUGUUUUGGUUUAUUCAAGUACCUUACAAGAGUCUCCAUCGAACUUACUUUAUAAUGGAAUAUUAGAAGAAUUAGUGGAAGUUGUGGAAUUACAAGAUCCCCAAUUAACGGACAUCAGAUGUGCAGCUUUAAGAACUCUAACAGCUAUUAUUCAUCUCGACAGAAAUCCCCAGUUUCCUCACAACAGAAGACCAGGUGCUAGAUUGAACAGCAUUAUUGACGUAACUGGUGCUAGUCAAUAUCACGGAUUCUUGCCUACUUUGGUCAGAAAUUGUAUAGCUUCAUUAACUAGCCAGCAGGAUUUUGGUCAGGCGGCUUUCAAAAAUAUGAAACUCCAAGAUGAACCGGGUUCAAACGAGACUACUAGCGAUGUCGAAAUGCCGAACAUUUCUCCAACUUUGGCACCAAAUACAGGAGCAUCUUUUGGAAUGGACAUCGCAUCAAGAGACCCUCCUACACUGGAUCAAAUUAUCAGCACAGAAUCGAAUAAGUUCCCAGUGAGCUUAACGACUGCAUUGUUCUCAUUUUUAUAUCAUCUGGCAAGCUAUGACGUGGGCGGCGAAGCUUUGGUGUCCUGUGGAAUGAUGGAAUCACUUUUACAAGUUAUCAACUGGCAAGGUUAUGAACUUGACCAUAUUACGUUUGUUACCCGAGCCGUCAGAGUUAUAGACCUCAUUACUAAUAUAGACAUGCAAGCAUUUCAAGCCCAUGGAGGCUUAAAUAGUUUUAUUAACAGACUGGAAGUCGAAGUUAACUUCUGCAAGAAAGAACAGAUGUAUGUUGUCAAAGCGAAUCUUGUGGAGCAGAAUUUUGAGGAUAUAAACACACAAGGAACAUCAGAAGAACCUACAACAACGGUCGAAUUAGAAUCUGUUGCUGAAAAUACAGGGAAAACUUGCUUACCCCAAAGAGCAGCAUUAUUAAAAUCUCUGUUGAAUUUUUUAAAGAAAGCGUUCCAAGAUUCGGCAUUUGCAGAAAGCAUUAGGCAUUUAAUGGAAGGCCCACUUCCUUCAGCAUUGAAAAACAUAAUUGCAAACGCAGAAUAUUAUGGCCCAUCGUUAUUUCUAUUGGCAACUGACGUCGUAACUGUUUAUGUGUAUCAGGAACCUGCGUUAUUAUCAGCUCUUCAAGACAAUGGACUGACAAAUGUUGUUCUUCAUGCUUUACUUGUGAAAGAGGUACCAGCAACGAGAGAGGUAUUGGGAUCACUUCCUAACGUAUUUAGCGCUCUCUGUUUGAAUGCCCGUGGUUUGGAAUCAUUUGCCAAACACAAACCGUUUGAAAAACUUUUCUACAUUCUUCUUUCGCCUGCUUACUUGCCAGCUAUGCGCAGGAGGCGAAGUUCAGAAGCAGCUACAGACACAGCUACUAAUUUGGGAAAUGCUAUGGACGAGUUAAUGAGGCAUCAGCCUAGUCUACGGCAGGACGCAACCUUAGCGAUCAUUAGCCUAUUAGAAGAAUUAGUUUAUGAAGGGACUGAUCCGAAAUAUGUUUGCUGGAGACCACACACUCGUACGGAACCAGUUGCAAUUAGACUAGGCAGAACUGCACCUACUGAAGGUUCAUCAGAUGAGGAAGAGGAAGAAGAGGAUGAAACAUCAACUAGUUCUCAAAAUGCUAAUGCACAAACUCAAACUGAAAGUGGAGCUAGUACUUCUCAAGCUCCUGUUGGCACUGAAAGACAACCCAUUGCUUUAAUAGAUUACGUGCUGAAUGCUAUGAAGUUUAUUGAUGCCAUAUUGAGUAACAACUCGACAGACGAUCAUUGUCGAGAAUUUGUACAGAAAGGCGGGUUGAAGCCUCUUCUUCGACUACUAGGAUUGUCCAAUUUGCCUGCUGACUGUCCGGUCACAAAUCCAGCGCAAGCUGUCGCCACAGUGUGCAAGAGUAUAUUAAACUUAGCACACGAACCAUUUCUUUUCCAAGAGGGCUUGCAACAACUCAGCGAAGUUUUGGAUCGUUUAAAACCUCUGUGCGCACCAACAGAAGAGAGUAAGACCACAUUGGGCAGUUCUAGACUUUUAAUGGAGCUGGCAAGCGCACCUGAUCCCACUACCGCCUUUAGUUCAGCUCAGGCAACGCCCUUAUUACAUGCGAUGUGCGCCGCACAUGGUUACGUGCUAAUGUUUGUACAUGUUUGCCGCACAGGUCAGCAAGAAAUUCGAAGCUUGUCGCUGCAACACUGGGGGAAAAAAGAAGGAGCGAAAGUUUUGAAAGGACUUGCCGAACUGUAUACCGCUUUGGUUUGGGAGAGCACCCUUCUAUUAGCUUACUGUAGUGAUGAUUUGAUUCCUUCCGAAUGCGAUUUCACGAGAGAGAGCAUAGAAAAGCUUAAUCAGUUUUUCGAUAGAUGCGAGACAACACAAGGCGUUGCAUCAGACACAUGUACUCAUCCUUCUUCGGUAGAUCCAUUAGGUGCAGGAAAUGCACCAAUGGAAGUUGAUGGAAGUGAAUCCUCCAAGCCGGACGUCAGAAACCUAAAGUACAUAAAACCGCUUUUGGGGGCAUCUUCCAGGUUGGGCCGGACAUUAGCAGAGUUAUUUGGACUCCUCGUUAAAUUAUGUGUUGGAUCUCCAGUUAGACAACGCCGGGGUCAAAACAAUGCAGCUGCGCAUCCUACACCAUCCGUCCAUGCGAGAAAGGUGGCACUUGCUUUAAAUGCGCUUCUUGCAAAAGGAUUAGACUGUGAUACUCUCCCGCCUUGUCCAACACCGAAAUGUCGUCUCACAUUUCUAAUUUGUAGUGUAGGUUUUACAAGUCCUAUGUUAUUUGAUGAGCGACGUUACCCCUAUUAUUUGAUGCUGAAGAAGUUUAUUAGUAUGGGAGGUCAAGCUACGUUUUUCAAGACAUUUCGAUGGGCAUUGCAAGGCGAUGGAAAGAUCCCCAGAGAUGUAAAUUCUUUACCAGACGGUACUUUAGGAUUUUUUGAUGCUUGGCUAACUUUACUGGAAAAGAUGGUCAACCCUAAAGCAAUUUUGGAAAGUCCUCAUCUAAUUUCAAAUAGAUCAGAUGCAGCAUAUAAUUUUGAUCCUUUGAAAUAUUUGAUACAGAUCCAUCGGCUUGCCUUUUACAGCAUCGACAGAUUGUGGGCUAAUACACCCAUUACUUCAUAUGGCAGUCGUAUUACUGAAACUAUAUUAACUAUUCUCAAGCACAUUUACUGGGGCGAGAAAGUAAUUAAAGAAAAAUUGAAACAGGAAAAUUUGAGGAACGACCAAGCGGCGUCGUCCAGCAAUGGGCCAGUUACAUUUCGGGACAAUGAUGACAAUCUACGACAAUUGAUUGAUAUGGGAUUUACUCGAGACCAUGUGAUAGAGGCACUGUUGCAUUCGACUACUUUGGAACAGGCUACAGAUUAUCUGCUAACAAUUCCGUUACAGUCCCGAGCAACUACUUCUAAUAUGGAUGUCGAAACAGCAGAAGAUGAUCAAGUGAUGCAAGCUGUGGCUAUAUCUCUUGAUAGCAAUAGCAGUCUGGAUAAUCACCAUGCAAUUGUUGAAGAAUUGAAGACCUUAUUGGAUGAUUUUGCCGAAACUGCACUGAAUAUGUGCCUUGAGCUUCUUAACAAAAUGCCGGAGUUGGUUCAUAAAACUUGUGAAUUGUUAGUGACAAUUAUGAAACGCAAUGGAAAAGUAUAUAGAGAUGGCCUGCUCGAAACAAUAGUAACAAACAUUCUUGAAAAUGCCAACAUUAUUGCUAACAUCACUCUUCAGGCGCCAGCAAAUAAACCUUCGUACAACAUCAUCGUGGACACGGAGGCUUCAAAGCGUUUGGCUAAUUACACUCACCUUUUUAUCUUAUUUUACGAAGUAGCUUCAUAUUAUGAAAUGAGGCUGCCGUUUAUGGCCAUAUAUGGAACUCCUUUGGUAGAUCUAGUAAUCCAAUUAAUUCAACAAGCCGAAUAUCUAAGGAGAGACGUAUUGCUGAACGAUUCGAAAGAAUUCCCCGAGCCGAAAUGGUUGGCAUCUUGUUUACUACUCAUUGAUGCAUAUUCCAAAGUAGCUAAUCGUACAGAUCGAAAAUGCAAAAUGCAUAUUAGCACAAAUAGAGUCUGGCGAUGGUAUGAUCUGGUCACUGGUAGAUGGACGCACUAUUCAGCAGAAAAUAAUAAAAUUAUUAAUGAAGCAUAUUGGGCAGGAGAACAGAGUGUGAGAGUUACAUGUUUAAGAAAGCGGUACACAAUUACUUUCCCGAAUAUGCUGCAAAUGAAUGAUGAAACUGGAAAUAACAGACCAAUUGCAAUGACAUUGUUAUCAUUAACACAUCCAAGCUGUACUAAUAUUAGUAAAGAACCUCCUGAAGAUCCUCUAUUUGUAGAACUCACUAGUAAGGAGAGAGCGCGAUGUAUUCCGGUACCUCCUUUAUCUAAAGCUCAAAUAAAAACAGUGUUGAAGUGUUGCGUCAGCUUGUUGCAUAUGCCAUUGGGACGUGAUUUGUUGCAUUCAAUUUUACAAGUUUGCGUAAGAUUUACCAGAGAUUUUGAAAUGGCAAAAGUAUUUGUCGCUGCCGGAGGUAUUAAGUGCCUGUUACAGCUUAGGCACAUUCCAGAUUUUGGAGGAUUUGGAGUGAUUGCUACUAUUUUAAUCCGGCAUGCAUUGGAAGAGCCGAAUACUUUAGCUUACGCUCUGGAGAAGGUAAUUAGAGGAAGAGCUUUGUGCGCCAUUCCCCCUCCUUAUAGAGACUUGCUAUAUCUAUCCAGACAACUGGGGGCUGCGGUAACUCGAGAUCCAAAUGCAUUUUUCCAAGUGGCAAAUAAUGUUUUGAGAGUCGACGUUUCUGUCUCUAAACCUGGAGACAGUCUAGACGCUGCUUUCCCGCUGAAAGCAGAACCCCCAACCCGAACUAAAGCUCCGCCUUUAGAAGAUCCAAUUUCAAUUCAAGUGGUAUACGAUCUAUUGGAUGCUCUUUUAAAACCGCUUGUAGACAAAACAAAAGAAGAUACCGAUAUAGAUCGGAAAGAACUUAAGAAAUGUUACGUAGACGCUACGGCUGGAGCCGAAAGCCUCUCAGCUUUCAAUCUGCCUGCUACUUCAACGGCCAACACUGACGGUAAAAAGGAAGGAGCCAAGGCUACAGCACCAACAACUGAUAAAAAAGACGAUAAGACUGUUGUCAAACCGAUGCUUCCCAAGUCAGUUAUUUUGAAAAUUUUGGCUGACGCUGUUGUUUCAUAUGGACCAAUCGCCAAAUUGGUAACGGAAUACAACUAUAAAGCAAACUGCGUCGAAAUGAUUAAAGAAGAUACCUCAGCAUUAGCUUUUAUUUUCGAUAAAAUCCUUCCAGAAACAGAAAACAUUUCUGAUUCUGACUGCGCUACAAUGUGUCGAAUGCUAAUUGCUGCGUUAGCGUCAGCUAACCAUUCUCCAGACGCUCAACUGCUCCUUGUCAGUGAAGUAAAAGCCGCUUUAAGUAGGGCUGUGGCUUUACCAGAAUCUUCAGAGAAGCACAGUCAAAUUCAGCAUAUUUGUGGAAUUAUUUCUACUAUGAUUGAUAAUUGUCCUAUGCCCCCUAGAAAUCCGAAUAAUGUGAGUUCCCUCAACAAUAUCAUCAAGAUUUUGAUUCGACGAGGACUAUUUAACGAUUUAGCGAAAAUAACACAUUAUCUUGAUCUAUCAUCACCGUAUACUUCUUUUACUGCCAACGCUGCACUAAAACCUUUAGAGUCACUCUCCAGAACAAUUAAUCAGCCUGGUCCCAACACAACCGUCGCCAAAGGAAGAAAGCCUAGCACGACAGCACCAGGAGAUACAUCAACUGGAUCAAGUACUCAAACAGAACAAUCUAAUAGGUUGGAAGAGGAGGACUCGGAGAAUGUUGAAGAUGCUCAGUCCGAAACCAACACUGAACGAAACGAGGCUGAAGGCGAACGUGAUAGAUUAGAAGAAAUCAUGGAACAAAUUUUAGAUGGUGCAACUGAAAGAGUACGCAGUUCAACAAUGGAAAUCGAUGACGUGGGACCUUUGGGCUACGACCCAGAGAGAGAUCCUACGGAAGAACUAAUGAGUACUGAUUCUGGUGAAUCUGAUUCUAAUCCAUCAGAUGAUAAUGAUGAAGAUGGAAAUAAUGAUGAUGAUGAUGGAGUUGACGUUGAUAUGGACGACAAUGAUGAUAACGAUGAUAAUAAUUACGAUGACGACGACAAUAAUGAAGGAGACCGAAGAGGAAGAGAUUCCGAGCUACUAGAAGAAUCUUCCGGUUUGUUCAGAGUAGCAACCAAUGAUAGAGAGGAAGAUGUACUCAUGAUUCAUUAUGACGGCGAAAAUGAGGCCGCUUUACCUAGAAUGAUUAGAUGGAAUGAAAAUGGUUAUGCAGUUCCAAUGUUGGAUGACAAUUCCGGUGACCACGCCAUCAUUCACCCGCUUUUAUUAUCAAGAAAUGGGGGUGAGACUAACACAAACACCGUAUCUAGGACACAACGUACCACUCAACAUAGACCUCGACGCUAUCAAUAUUUACUAAAUCCGAGAAAUCCGAACCCGCCUGUAAUCCUGCAAAGGUUAUUAGGUACUCAUGAUCCGCAUGCGAUGGCAAACAUGAUGACUGCAAAUAAUAUACUUGCGGCACCUGCAGAUAUUGCUCGGGAACAAGCCAGGGUGGUUAUUAUGGAUAAUUUUGGAAUUCUACCAUCAAAUGAAGAACAAAUUGAUUUUGUUGAUCAGUCUGGUUAUCUUUUUGGGCCCGGAUUAGCUGCAACACUUAGUCACGUACCACCAGUGGUGCACUGGUGGAAUAUGGAAUCAAAGCUUCUUGAUUUAGAAUCAGUCUUCGAUUGCACUUCAUGGAUCUGCAAUCUUUUGAUGCCAAAUUUGCUAAAACAUAGGAAUGAGGAUAUGAAAGUGAAGAAAGCUAAAGAGGAAGAAGAAAGAGCCAAAAAGCGAAAAGGAAAAACCGAUAUACUUAAACCUUUAAAUGAUGCGAAAGACGCUAAAUGGCAUUUGUUACCAGACAGAUCAGAUCCCCUUGAUCCCGAUGACCAUCAGCUUAUGUUGUUUAAUUAUACACACGACGGUGAAAAUGAUCAAAACAGCAGAGAGAGAAUGGAUAGCGGAGAAACUAAUCAGGAAACAACGUUAACCAGCGGGCAAGAAAAUGUUCCGCCAGACAGAGAUUCAAUUGUAGUCAUCGGUGUGCCAUCGCAAAGAACGACGCUAGUUAUAAACUAUCCCAGUGAUUCCAGUUCAGGCGAUUCGUCCAAUAGAGACGAUGGUGAAGGAGGUGCUGACUCGCAGCCAGAUGUUCGUGUAGACGUUACUGAUGUUUUGGUGGAACAUAGCCGGGAAGAUUCACCGAAUGAUUCCAAUUCAAUUAAUCCUGGAGGAAAUAGUCAAAGUGAGAUGGUGAUUACUCCUUUAAGAAUUAACUUCAGAAGUGAACCAAGUGCAGAAAGUCAAUCCAAUCUUAGUGAAUCAAGUCAAAAUAUCGCUACAGCACAAACUCAGACCACUUCAGCAGAUGCCAUUGAAAGAGCCGACGACAGCAAUAGUAGAGCUGAUUCGGAAAAUAGUGAAAGUGACUAUUUUCCAAGUGAAAUGUCAUUAUCGGCAUUCUUUCCGAACCCAAGAAUUGGUGAAUUUAACACAUCUAGACGUGUUGGAUUUCCAAGAGAGGGUGACGAUCAAGAAUCAGAUGAUACUUCGAGAUUUCGCCGAAGUCCUGGUUCUUUGCAAGCUAUUUUUGAGGAAGCAAUUAAUCAGCAUAUCGAAGAUUAUGCUUCAAAUAGGGAUCGAGAUGGAGCACCAGUCGAAGGUGCUUCAAGUGGUAGUUCUUCUGAACAACAAAGCCAAUCCGAAGAUGCACGAAUUGCAAAUGACGCCUCUAGUUCUACAAAUACCUCGCAAGUGGAAAAUAGAGAAUCAACCGAAGGCGUUUCCGAACCUGAGCCAGUUGCAGGACCUACAAAUGCAGGUCCCAGUACUGCCACUGAAGAAGAUGAUAUCCCCGAAGGAGUGGAUCCAUCAUUCUUAGAAGCUCUUCCUCCGGAGAUCAGACGAGAAGUGCUUGAACAGCAUAGGAUCCUAUGCCUGCAACAGCGUCUUGCAAAUAGAUCAGCAGAAACUACGAGUACCGCCGCUGCUAGUGCGGAAGCUUCAAAUUCGAAUGAAGUUCCUCAAGAAGUGAGCCCUGAGUUUUUAGCAGCUUUACCGCCGGCUCUUCAAGAAGAAGUAUUAACACAACAAAGAUUAGAGCAACAAAGACAAGCUGCCGCUAGAGCUCCUCCCAAUGAACCGUUCGAUGCACAGUCAUUUUUCCAAACGUUACCGCCAUCACUUCGCACCAUGAUUCUCUCUGAUAUGGAGGACUCGCAGAUGUCAGCAUUACCUCCUGAGCUGGCAGCUGAAGCUCAAAACUUACGGCGUGAUUGGUAUGCUAGAAAUAGGCAAAUUGCUCAAGAACGAUUCCUGCAAAGUAACCUGCCAACUAUUAUUAGGCAUAGCAGGGGAGGCCGUCAAAGUCACAGACCAAUCACUUUUCAAAGAGGAGGCUGGAGUCAAUGGAGCAGAGAGUUUAUAUCUAGCACGUCGGUACGAAGCACCAAUAGUCAAAUGAGAAUAAGAGGUCGACAAUUGUUAGAUCACGAGGGAAUCUCUUGUUUGCUAGUUCUGCUAUUUACCGAUGAACCUCAUCUCAAUAAAUUACGACUACAUAGAGUUAUACGGAAUUUGUGCUAUCACGCUCCUACGAGAGAGUGGAUAAUCAACGCUUUACUUGCGGUUAUUGAUAAGAGUGUACAUGCGAAACCAGACGAAACAUCUACUAGGCCUUCAAGAAAGGUACCCCGUGCAGGUCCGCUUACCAGCAAACUUCAAACAGAUACUCGUCAUCUAAAUACUGGAGGACAUUGGCUGACUAUUCGAAUGGAAGCAGCACUUGGCUGUGCUGCUAAUGUGUUUUUAGUAAGCAAGGGCCCUGGUAAAAAAGCGGAUAGGCUCAGUGGAAGCCAGGCUAUAGGAAUUCAUCCCCAAGCAGCGCCUGUAGUGUGCCGCAAUACGCUAGAUUUAUUUACAGCAUUAGCAAAAGCUUUUCCAUCAUGCCUUCUUCCCAUCAGGCUAUUUAGAGAAGAUACACUAGAUCGAAGUUCAAUUUCACCGGUGAAGUUAAAUGCCCCUGGUCAGCCCGAUUUUUGGGACAUUUUGCUUAAGCUGGAUUCUGCGGGCGCCAAAAAGGGAAAGAGCAUUGCAAAGUCGUCAAUGGGAUCAACUGCUACUGAAAGCGAGAGUAUUUCUUUCGAUAACACUGUGUUUGGACGAUUAUUGAAUAUGUUAGGAUCACCAGUGGUUAAUAGAAAUACGCAACUGACAGAUAAUUUACUGAAGCUACUUUCUGUCACCACUUCUGGAAUGCCGGAAUUGGUUAAACCACACAGACUAAAGAAACAAAGUAGCGGUGACCCAAGUGUAAUUUUGACGAGCCAGCCUCCCAUAAAUGCCUUGACACUUGCAGUUAACGUAAUAACUUAUAAAAACUGCUCAGAAGAAGGUCUAGAAUUUAUUACUAAUCUGUUGCUAAAUCUGGCCAGCUCAUCGCAAGAAAUGAGCUAUUUGAUCCUUAGGCUUUUACUGAAUGGGGCUAUUGAAAUCGGAUUAAUCGUAGAAAGUCAAAUACAAAGCAUGCUCGGCGAUCUGCAAGAUCUGAAAACCUUGUUGAAGAAGAAAAUAGAUGAUAAAGAUAAAGACAGUGGGCCGUCAACAUCAAAAGGAGUCUUACACAACAGAUUCACUAAUGAGCAGGUGAUAGUAACUGCAUCAACUAAAGUUAAGGCCGCUUGUGAACUUCAGUUACCUUCAAUGGUUCCAUUAACGUCAAAAUCGUCGAGCCAGCUGUUCUUUUUGCGAGUUCUCAGAGUUAUUGUGCAAAUUCGAAACUCAAUCAAGCACAAUUUAAAACGCAAUAAUCUAGAAGGUGGACUUCCGGCUCUUAGCGAUCAACUUUGUCGAUUAGAGAGCCUAUGGGAGACGUUAAGUCUUUGUCUUUUGGAGUUGGAACACGCUCCAGAUCAUCAUGCGGUAUUGGUGUUACAACCGGCUGUGGAGGCAUUCUUUUUGGUUCAUUCACCACAGCAAGGAUCUGUCGCUUACAAGGGAGUGGAGAAAGAGACACCUAACGCUACUGCAGAAGGUGGAGAACCGCAAAAUCCACCAGAAUCUGUGCCCGCACCUGCUGCAAGUGCUGAUCGGUUAGGUGAAAGGAUCUGGUUUAAUCUUGCCGAGGUAAUAACGUCGCCCGUUCAGGAGGAAUCAUCUCGAACUAGUUUUGAUUUUGAACAUCGGCAAAUCGAACAGCGUGUGGUUACACCCGAGCAGCAAAAGUUUCUUGCAUUCGCUGAGAAACAUCGUACGGUACUCAAUCAGAUACUGAGGCAAAGUACGGCUCAUUUAGCAGAUGGGCCGUUUGCUGUAUUGGUUGAUCAUACAAGGAUUCUGGACUUUGAUAUCAAGCGCCGCUACUUCCGUACUGAACUGGAGCGAAUGGAUCAUGGAAUUCGCAGAGAGGAAACUGCUGUCCACGUUCGUCGUAGUAAUGUGUUUGAAGAUUCUUUUAGAGAAUUAUUUAGAAGAGCACCAGAAGAAUGGAAAAAUAGAUUCUAUAUUGUAUUUGAAGAUGAGGAAGGUCAAGAUGCAGGUGGGCUUUUAAGAGAAUGGUAUGUUAUUAUUUCGAGAGACAUAUUUAAUCCAAUGUACGCGCUGUUUACGGUCUCGCCAGGAGAUAGAGUGACAUACAUGAUAAAUUCUGCCAGUCACUAUAAUUCUAACCAUCUAUGUUACUACAAGUUUGUUGGGAGAGUGAUUGCUAAAGCGAUAUACGAUAAUAAAUUACUAGAGUGCUACUUUACUAGAUCAUUCUAUAAGCACAUUUUGGGAAUACCAGUCAAAUAUACAGAUAUGGAGAGUGAAGAUUACAGCUUUUACAGAGGCCUUGUGUAUCUAAUGGAGAAUAACAUUAAUCACUUGGGCCUAGAUUUAACAUUCAGCACCGAAAUUAGUGAAUUCGGAGUCACCGAAACAAGGGAUCUAAUUCCAAAUGGCAGACAUAUUCCAGUCAGUGAGGAAAAUAAAAUGGAAUACGUGCGACUGGUCUGUCAAAUGAAGAUGACUGGAGCUAUUAAACAACAAUUAACGGCUUUCUUAGAAGGAUUUUAUGAUAUCAUUCCAAUGCGUUUGAUUUCAAUAUUUAAUGAGCAAGAGCUGGAAUUGCUUAUUUCUGGUUUACCAAAUGUAGAUAUCGACGAUCUUAAAGCCAAUACGGAAUAUCACAAGUAUCAGUCUAACUCGUUACAGAUUCAGUGGUUCUGGCGCGCUCUAAGAUCUUUUGAUCAAGCUGACAGAGCGAAAUUCCUCCAAUUUGUCACAGGAACAUCGAAAGUACCUUUACAAGGGUUUAGUGCUCUUGAGGGUAUGAACGGUGUUCAAAAAUUCCAGAUUCAUCGUGAUGAUCGGUCCACAGAUCGGUUGCCUUCCGCGCAUACUUGUUUUAACCAAUUAGAUCUACCAGUAUACGAGACAUACGACAAAUUGAGGGCCUAUCUGCUGAAAGCUAUCCAUGAAUGUUCCGAGGGUUUUGGCUUCGCUUAAAUAAACCUUUAAUGUUAUUUAAGACUGAUCUGUUAGAUUGUUUAUACAUAUAUCAUUCUCUAGUAUAGUCUUGAUGUGUACAUAAACUCUAUCUAAAGAUUGCGCUAGUUGGUGCAGACUAGGAAGAUAACUGCUAACUAUAAUGUUAAGUGUACAGAGAAUGUAAAGUCGAUAUUAAAUUUUUCGGUUUAAAAUUCUGUAUUUAACGUAACAUGUUUCUUGUAGUUUAUUGUAUUAAUUGUAUAUUUCUCACUAAGGUUGCAAUUGUAACUGUGUAAAGAAAGGGCCCAUAAGGCAAUUCGAGUGUGAUACUGAUUUUGUUUAGUUAGAUUCUCUGCUAAAUAUUGUAAUUACCGGAAUUUUAGUAUUGUUUAGUGUUAGUUAAAAAAUCAUUCUCUAUUGUAUCAAUCCGAAGAUUUAUACUUCGUUGUGAUUUAAAUUCGUGUUUGUUUACAUUAUUUUUUAUAAUACUAUAUAAGCUGUAACUUGUACGAAUACAUUAAAAUCUGUAAGAAAUGGUAUCAACAAAUAAAGAUUUACGUUUCA